AUGACGAUGAUGAUUCAGCGCGUGAACGCCAAUUCGCCGGCACAGGCCGUGAAGAGCCGCGCACGCGGGCCGACGAUUACGCAGCUGCGUGCCAAGCAGGCCGCUCUUGUGGCCGCAUCCGAGCUCGCGGCUUCGAGUGAUGCCGAGGCGAGUGUGGUAAGGCACUCGCCCGUUGACGAAGCCAAGCGGUGGGCAAGCGGCAAAGGCCGCAAAGUGGGCUUCGCAAAAGCACGUGCCACCUUCCGUGGCGGCGGCACGGGAAUCGCGGCGACGGCGGCGAAGCACGACUCGCUCAUCAAGAAGGCCCGCUGGCGCGGACUUAAUAAAUAG